AUGAGUACGUCAGAGCAAGUAAGAUGCAGGAAAUGAGCAUGAAUGAAAAGAAAAUCUUUAGAGUAAUCACAUGAGAGAGAUAAGAAGAGAGAUAGAGUAGAAUAAGUAGAGGAGAUCAAUGAGGAAAGAGAUGAGAAGGGAAGGAGUCGAGGAGAUCAGAGGAGUGAGAGAGUACGCACGAGGACGAGGAAAGAAGCGGAACAAGUACGAUAGGAUAGAGCGAGCGCAGAGAGAUACGGAGUAACUUCGAUAUCUCUCGCCUCACGUCUUUUCUCUUACGAUCUUCCUCUCUCUACCUCUCCUCUCUCUCUUUUAUUCAAUUCAAUUACAAUUUCAAUUCAAUUCAAUUCUAAUUGCAUGGGGACAUGUUAAAUGCGCAAAGCAGGAAAUUCAAAAAUCUUAAAUUUUUUUUUGAAAUUGGGGGAAAAACUUUUUUGGGAUUUAAUUAAUUAAUUCCAUUAGAUUUGCUCCCUUUAUUACAAAGCAUUUAAAUUAAUUAUGGGAACUAAAUUGAAAGGAAUCUAACUCAAGAAAAAUGUAUGUAUAAGUAUAAAUUUGCUUUUUAAAUCAAAGUAAAAGGUCAAGAAAAAGGGAGAGCGGGAGUAGGAGGAGAAAGAAAGAGAUAGAGAGUGGGGAGAAAAAUUUUGGGAAUAAUGGAUAUUAUUGGAGAAAAUUUAGAAUUUUAAUGUAUAUAGAGUUAUAUUAUAUUAGUAUAUAUAUUAUAGUAUAGAGCGAUAAUAGCUAGCUAUCCGAUAGUAUCAUAGAGGAGAUUAUCUGUUGAUAUCUAUGCCAUCUAGAGUAAUCUGCUAUCUAUAUAUCAUCUCUCUUCUCCGUCUCUCUCAUCGCUUCUAUCUACCUCUCUAUCUCUCUCGGCUCCCUCUUCCUUUCUCUUCUCUCUCUCUCUCUUCUCUCUCUCUCUCUCUCUCUCUCUCUUCUCUCUCUCUCUCUCUCUAUCAAUUCAAUUCAAUUUCAAUUCAAUUCAAGGGGCUUUAUUGGCAUGGGAAACAUAUGUUAACAUUGCCAAAGCAAGUGAAAUAGACAAUAACAUUUUUACAGUAAACAUUACACUCAGCAGUUCCAAAAGAAUAAAGACAUUUCAAAUGUCAUAUUGUGUAUAUAUACAGUGUGGUAAUGAUGUUCAAAUAGUUAAAGUACAAAAGGGAAAAUAAAUAAACAUAAAUAUAGGUUGUAUUUACAAUGGUGUUUGUUCUUCACUGGUUGCCCUUUUCUUGUGGCAACAGGUCACAAAUCUUGCUGCUGUGAUGACACACUGUGGUAUUUCACCCAAUAGAUAUGGGAGUUUAUCCAAAUUGGAUUUGUUUUCUAAUUCUUUGUGGGUCUGUGUAAUCUGAGGGAAAUAUGUGUCUCUAAUAUGGUCAUACAUUUGGCAGGAGGUUAGGAAGUGUAGCUCAGUUUCCACCUCAUUUUUGUGCACUUAGCCUGUCUUCUCUUGAGAGCCAGGUCUGCCUACGGCGGCCUUUCUCAGUAGCAAGGCUAUGCUCACUGAGUCAAAACAUAGUCAAAGCUUUCCUUAAUUUUGGGUCAGUCACAUUGGUUAGGUAUUCUGCCACUGUGUACUCUCUGUUUAGGGCCAAAUAGCACUCUAGUUUGCUCGGUUUUUUGCUUAAUUCUUUCCAAUGUGUCAAGUAAUUAUCUUUUAGUUUUCUCAUGAUUUGGUUUGGUCUAAUUGUGUUGCUGUCCUGGAGUUAUGUGGGGUCUUUUUGUGUUUGUGAACAGAGCCCCAUGACCAGCUUGCCUUGGGGGACUCUUCUCCAGGUUAAUCUCUCUGUAGGUGAUGGCUUUGUUAUGGAAGGUUUGGGGAUCGCUUCCUUUAACGGCUCUUUUCUGGAUUUUGAUAAUUAGCGGGUAUCAGCCUAAUUCUGCUCUACAUGCAUUAUUUGGUGUUUUACGUUGUACACAAAGGAUAAUUUUGCAGAAUUCUGCAUGCAGAGUCUCAAUUUGGUGUUUGUCCCAUUUUGUGAAUUCUUGGUUGGUGAGCGGACCCCAGACCUCACAACCAUAAAGGGCAAUGGGUUCUAUAUCUGAUUCAAGUAUUUUUAGCCAGAUCCUAAUUGGUAUGUCACAUUUUAUGUUCCUUUUGAUGGCAUAGAGGCCCUUCUUACCUUAUCUCUCAGAUCGUUCACAGCUUUGUGGAAGUUACCUGUGGCGCUGAUGUUUAGGCCGAGGUAUGUAUAGUUUUUUGUGUGCUCUAGGGCAACAGUGUCUAGAUGGAAUUUGUAUUUGUGGUCCUGGCAACUGGACAUUUUUUGGAGCACCAUUAUUUUUGUCUUACUGAGAUUUAUUAUCAGGGCCCAGGUCUGAAUCUGUGCAGAAGAUCUAGGUGCUGCUGUAGGCCCUCCUUGGUUGGGGAUAGAAGCACCAGAUCAUCAGCAAACAGAAGACAUUUGACUUCAGAUUCUAGUAGGGUGAGGCCGGGUGCUGCAGACUGUUCUAGUGCCAUCACCAAUUCGUUGAUAUAUAUAUGUUGAAGAGGGUGGGGUUUAAGCUGCAUCCCUGUGUCUCCCCACGGCCCUGUGGAAAGAAAUAUGUGUGUUUUUUGCCAAUUUUUCCGCACACUUGUUGUCUGUGUACAUGGAUUUUAUAAUGUUGUAUGUUUUUCCCCCAACACCACUUUCCAUCAAUUUGUAUAGCAGACCCUCAUGCCAAAUUGAGUCAAAAGCUUUUUUGAAAUCAACAAAGCAUGAGAAGACUUUGCCUUUGUUUUGGUUUGUUUUUUUGUCAAUUAGGGUGUGCAGGGUGAAUACGUGGUCUGUCGUACGGUAAUUUGGUAGAAAGCCAAUUUGACAUUUGCUCAGUACAUUGUUUUCACUGAGGAAAUGUACGAGUCUGCUGUUAAUGAUAAUGCAGAGGAUUUUCCCAAGGUUGCUGUUGACGCAUAUAUAUCCCACGGUAGUUAUUGGUGUGAAAUUUGUCUCCACUUUUGUGGAUUGGGGUGAUCAGUCCUUGGUUCCAAAUAUUGGGGAAGAUGCCAGAGCUAAGGAUAAUUUUAAUGAGUUUAAGUAUAGCCAAUUGGAAUUUGUGGUCUGUAUAUUUUAUCAUUUCAUUGAGGAUACCAUCAACAACAGGCCUUUUUGGGUUGGAGUGUUUGUAUUUUGUCCUGUAGUUCAUUCAAUGUAAUUGGAUAAUCCAGUGGGUUCUUUAAUAGUUGAUUCUAAGAUUUGCAUUUGAUCAUGUAUAUGUUGUUGCUCUUUGUUCUUUGUUAUAGGGCCAAAAAGAUUGGAGAAGUGGUUUAUCCAUACAUCUCCGUUUUGGAUAGAUAACUCUUUGUGUUGUUGUUUUAGUGUUUUCCAAUUUUCUCAGAAGUGGUUAGAGUCUAUGGAUUCUUCAAUUACAUUGAGCUGAUUUCUGACGUGCUGUUCCUUCUUUUUCCGUAGUGUAUUUCUGUAUUGUUUUAGUGAUUCACCACAGUGAAGGUGUAGGCUCAGGUUUUCUGGGUCUCUAUGUUUUUGGUUGGAUAGGUUUCUCAAUUUCUUUCUUGUGUUUUUGCAUUCUUCAUCAAACCAUUUGUCAUUGUUGUUAAUUUUCUUCGGUUUUCUGUUUGACAUUUUUAGAUUUGAUGGAGAAGCUGAGAGGUCAAAUAUACUGUUUAGGUUUUCUACUGCCAAGUUUACACCUUCACUAUUACAGUGAAACGUUUUGUCCAGGAAGUUGUCUAAAAGAGAUUGAAUUUGUUGUUGCCUAAUUGUUUUUUGGUAGGUUUCCACAGUACUUUCCUUCCAUCUAUAGCAUAUCUUAAUAUUAUUCAGUUCUUUUGGCUUUGAGGCCUCAUGAUUUAGUACUGCUCUGUUCAAGUAGACUGUGAUUUUGCUGUGAUCUGAUAGGGGUCUGAGAAAGUGUCUCGCUGGUCUGGGCGGGGUGUCUGUUGAUCUGUUGCUCCUGUAUGAGGUGUUGGGGCUGUGGUUGAGGGCGAUGUCCGUUAGGGUCCGGGCGAAGGUGGGCACUGCUGCCUUGUAUAAGUCUCUCUCUCCCUCUCUCUUUCUCUCUCUAGUUGUGUCGGAUCGCCCACCUCCAGUUGUCCGCCAGGGUCCGACCAAUCAGACAGUGUCUGUGGACGGGACGGUGGUCCUGAGUUGCCUAGCAACGGGCAACCCCACCCCCACCAUCCUGUGGAGGAAGGACGGAGUGUUGGUGUCCACUCACGACUCUCGGGUCAAACAGCUGGACACGGGCGCACUGCAGAUCCGCUACGCCAAGGUAACACACACACACACACACACUGACACACACACACACAUUUACACACACUCAAACAUAUACAUGCACACACACACACACACACACACACAAAGCAACUCUCAUCUUCACUGUAUGCACUGUAUAAACACAUGGAAGCUUUUCUCUCCAAGCUUUUCAAAGCACAUAAACAUAAAACAAUUUAUUGAUUUAUCUCUCUGGUUCGGAGUAUUAGUAUUGAGAAAAUACAUCAAACUGCAGGCGGACUGUGUAUGAAAGCCUUUGUACUAUAGAACUGUAUGAUCUACUGAGCAACAUAUAGGGCUACUGUAGUGCACCAGCACAAAUUGAAUAUCUUACUGAGGCAGUUGGCUUUCAAACCAUAUGCCCCAUUAUGCUAAUAUAUGGAAAUAAGAACAUAACUGAAUGGAAUUAUCUUUCUCUUUGUAGAACAGUAUGACUGUCUGAAGACUUCCAAAUUGACCUCCGUUACAUGUUUACAUUUCCAAUCAACCUCUUCCAUUAGCCGAGACAUUAAUAUUGCAUUCCCCCAGAAUCAACUUCACAGCUGUCCUGUAUCCUGUCUAUACGGCAGAGUGACUGGCUGGCUGGCUGGCAGAAUAACUCCCGCUGCUCGAUCAGCUGUCAGUGGUUUGAAGUGGAGUCUGUGAAGUCACACACACUCUUGUCCUGUCACUCAAUCCUCAGAGUGUAACGGGGAGCUGUGUGAUGCAGAACACACUCUCAGGGAGACACGAGCGGGGUGCCGACGCAUUCUCCAGAUGGAGGCGUCAAGGGGUCAGAGUUCUCGUCAGACUGUUGCGGUGUGUGUGUGUGUGUGUGCGCGUGAGUUUGUGUUGUGAUGACUGCAGGCGUGUUGUGUGUGGUGACAGGGCUGUGGUGAAUGGGCAACACUGUGAGAACAGUGUGAUGUGUUUUCAACCGAAACCUUACCUAAAGUAAUUUACAUGUCAUUUAUGUUUGGCGGUAACACACCGUGUCUUUGAUGUGUGUGUUUUUUAAACUUUAGUAAUGCUAUUAGUUUUGUGAUGAGGUUUUAGUGUAUUUUUAAGAGUUGGAUGGUUUGUCUUACCUGUCAGGUUGAACUUAGAUGGACCCUACCUGGAGGCUGAUCUACAGGGACACGCCCUCUCUCACACACUGAGACACACACUCCCUCUCUCACACACUGAGACACACACUCCCUCUCUAGAGAGUGUCACCGCAUCUGUUCUGUAAAGCAGUCCUUUCCCUGGGGGGAGGGUGAGAGGAGGGAUGAGGGAUGAGGAGAGGAGAGGAGAGGAGAGGAGAGGAGAGGAGAGGAGAGGAGAGGAGAGGAGAGGAGAGGAGAGGAGAGGAGAGGAGAGGAGAGGAGAGGAGAGGAGAGGAGAGGAGAGGAGAGGAGAGGAGAGGAGAGGAGAGGAGAGGAGGUCUGCAAUUAGUCUGUGCUCCUGUGAAAAUCUUUCCAAUUUGACUGGUACAAUCCUGCCACUUGGCCUUCCCAGCUGCUUUUCCACUUUCUAGAGGGAGAGAUGAUAGUGAGAUUACCAGGCACUGACGGCUGGCUGCUAGGGACCACACCAGCAUGUCAAUGAGCAGAGAGGAGCGGAGAGAGAGAGAAAUAGAGAAGCAGCACUAUUUUAGUCAAAUUCCACUGAUGGCAGACCAUGACCAGACAGUACUUUGUCAUUUGCAUUUUAACCCAGAGCGAUCACAAACCUAAUCCCUCUCUCCCCUCUAUUUCCUGUUCUAUUUUCUUCUGUCUUUCAGCUGGGUGACACAGGCAUGUACACAUGCAUCGCCUCCACUCCCAGUGGCGAGGCCUCGUGGAAGGCCUACCUGGAGGUUCAAGGUAAGCCAACAGCUGCCUGCUGUCGCUGUCACUGUGGCUACACUCCAUAUCGAGAUUGAAUUAAAUACAUUCAGUGUGUAAUUGUUUUCUUUUGUUGGAAUUUCACAAUCUUGGCACCACCACAGGGAGUGUACGUGUGAAGGUGUGCGUGAGUCUGUGUGUGUCUGAAUGUGCUUGGUAUGCAUUCAUGUGAGAGACAUGUCCAUAGUCUGGCAUUACUGAUAAAGUAUUCAUUUAGAUUUUUUGAAAACUGUCAUGUCUCAUGAUACCCUCCUCUCCCUCCCCAUGUUCAGAGUUUGGUGUUCCAGUGCAGCCGGCAAGACCCACUGACCCCAACCUGAUCCCCAGCGCCCCCUCCAAACCUGAGGUCACUGACGUCACUCGCACCUCUGUCACCCUGUCCUGGAAGCCCAACGUCACAGGAGCCACACCCACCUCCUACAUCAUAGAGGCCUUCAGGUAAUAGGAGGUCGCUUGUGACCAAAGUAAAUAAAGUGAUGUCACAGUGUAUUUGCAUUUAUUAAGGACCCCCAUUAGUUCCUGCCAAGGCAGCAGCUAUUCCUCCUGGGGUCCAGCAAAAUUAAGGCAGUUAAAUCAAAUCAAAUCAAAUCAAAUUUUAUUUGCCAUAUGCACCGAAUACAACAGGUGUAGACAUUACCGUAAAAUGCUUACUUACAGCCCUUAACCAACAAUGCAUUUAUUUUAAAUAAAAAAGUAAAAUAAAACAACAACAAAAAAGUGUUUAGAAAAAAAGAGCAGAAGUAAAAUUAAAUAACAGUAGGGAGGCUAUAUACAGGGGGGUACCGGUGCAGAGUCAAUGUGCGGGGGCACCGGCUAGUUGAGGUAGUUGAGGUAAUAUGUACAUGUGGGUAGAGUUAAAGUGACAAUGCAUAAAUAAUUAACAGAGUAGCAGCAGCGUAAAAAUAUGGGGUGGGUGUGGGGGGGCAGUGCAAGUAGUCCGGGUAGCCAUGAUUAGCUGUUCAGGAGUCUUAUGGCUUGUGGGUAGAAGCUGUUGAGAAGCCUUUUGGACCUAGACUUGGCGCUCUGGUACCGCUUGCCGUGUGGUAGCAGAGAGAACAGUCUAUGACUAGGGUGGAUGGAGUCUUUGACAAUUUUGAGGGCCUUCCUCUGACACCGCCUGGUAUAGAGGUCCUGGAUGGCAGGAAGCUUGGCCCCAGUGAUGUACUGGGCCGUACGCACUACCCUCUGUAUUGCCUUGCGGUCGGAGGCCGAGCAGUUGCCAUACCAGGCGGUGAUACAACCAGUCAGGAUGCUCUCGAUGGUGCAGCUGUAUAACUUUUUGAGGAUCUGAGGACCCAUGCCAAAUCUUUUCAGUCUCCUGAAGGGGAAUAGGGUUUGUCGUGCCCUCUUCACGACUGUCUUGGUGUGUUUGGACCAUGAUAGUUCGUUGGUAAUGUGGACACCAAGGAACUUGAAGCUCUCAACCUGUUCCACUACAGCCCUGUCGAUGAGAAUGGGGGCGAGCUCAGUCCUCUUUUUUUUCCUGUAGUCCACAAUCAUCUCCUUUGUCUUGGUCACGUUGAGGGAGAGGUUGUUAUCCUGGCACCACACGGCCAGGUCUCUGACCUCCUCCUAUAGGCUGUCUCAUCGCUGUCGGUGAUCAGGCCUACCACUGUUGUGUCGUCGGCAAACUUAAUGAUGGUGUUGGAGUCGUGCCUGGCCAUGCAGUCAUGGGUGAACAGGGAGUACAGGAGGGGACUGAGCACGCACCCCUGAGGGGCCCCCGUGUUGAGGAUCAGCCUGGGGGCGGCCCGUCAGGAUGUCCAGGAUCCAGUUGCAGAGGGAGGUGUUUAGUCCCAGGAUCCUUAGCUUAGUGAUGAGCUUUGAGGGCACUAUGGUGUUGAAUGCUGAGCUGUAGUCAAUGAAUAGCAUUCUCACGUAGGUGUUCCUCUUGUCCAGGUGGGAAAGGGCAGUGUGUAGUGCAAUAGAGAUUGCAUCAUCUGUGGAUCUGUUGGGGCGGUAUGCAAAUUGGAGUGGGUCUAGGGUUUCUGGGAUAAUGGUGUUGAUGUGAGCCAUGACUAGCCAGUUAUAUACAAUUAAAAACAUUACAUUACAUUUCACAACAGAUUUCACAACACAUUAAAUGUGUGCCCUCAGACCACUAAUCUACUACCACAAAUCUACAACGCCUACGCUCUGAGGGUGUGUAUGAACUUUAAACCUGAUGUGUAACAUCCUGUUCUGCCUUCUCUCCUAGUCAUGCGUCAGGCAGCAGCUGGCAGACCCUGGCAGAACAUGUGAAGACUGAGUCGUAUGUGUUGAAGGGCCUGAAGGCCAGUGCUGUCUACCUGUUCCUGGUCCGAGCUGCUAAUGCCUACGGCCUGAGUGACCCCAGCCCCAUAACUGACACCGUCAAAACACAAGGUGGGUCUCUGCUCUCUCUUAAUGCCUUCAAAUGGGAAACUUUAGGUCCCUGUCUGGACCUUGUCCCUGUCUGGACCUUGUCCUGUUUGGACCUUGUCCCUGCCUGGACCUUGUCCUGUUUGGACCUUGUCCUGUCUGGACCUUGUCCUGUCUGGACCUUGUCCCUGCCUGGACCUUGUCCUGUUUGGACCUUGUCCUGUCUGGACCUUGUCCUGUCUGGACCUUGUCCCUGCCUGGACCUUGUCCUGUUUGGACCUUGGCCUGUCUGGACCUUGUCCCUGCCUGGACCUUGUCCUGUCUGGACCUUGUCCCUGCCUGGACCUUGUCCCUGCCUGGACCUUGUCCUGUUUGGACCUUGUCCUGUCUGGACCUUGUCCCUGCCUGGACCUUGUCCUGUCUGGACCUUGUCCCUGCCUGGACCUUGUCCUGUUUGGACCUUGUCCUGUCUGGACCUUGUCCUGUCUGGACCUUGUCCCUGCCUGGGCCUUGUCCUGUUUGGACCUUGUCCUGUCUGGACCUUGUCCUGUCUGGACCUUGUCCUGUUUGGACCUUGUCCCUGUCUGGACCUUGUCCCUGUCUGGACCUUGUCCUGUUUGGACCUUGUCCCUGCCUGGACCUUGUCCUGUUUGGACCUUGUCCUGUCUGGACCCUCUACUGUUCAUAAUGUACAUGUAUUUAUUGUGUGUGUGUGUGUGUGUGUGUGUGUGUGUGUGUGUGUGUGUGUGUGUGUGUGUGUGUGUGUGUGUGUGUGUGUGUGUAGAUAUCCCCCCCACCAGUCAGGGAGUGGACCACCGUCAGAUCCAGAGGGAGUUAGGAGAGGUGGUCAUCCACCUUCACAACCCCACCAUCCUCUCCUCCUCCUCCGUCAGAGUGCAGUGGACGGUGAGUGGUUCUCUCAGCUUCAAAACAGGGCUUUAGGGAUUACAAGCCUAAUGUAUGUAUGUAUAUGGUUUAUGUAUUACUUUAAUAUCUAUUUUGUAUUUUGUAUGUUUUAGCAUAGAUUUGUAUUGUUUGCUCCAAAGUCACCAUGGGGAGUGGCAAGGUCUGGAGCGCUCUGUGCUCACGGUCGAUUUGUUUGGCCACUCAGCAGUGCUAAUGUCCUAAUGUCCUAAUGUCCUGUAGAGGACGGACACUGCACUGCAGAGAGAGAGAACAAAGAACAGACUGGAACCCUGUCAAAACUUUCUAAGUGUCCAUCUGGUCAGGACCAGUCACACUGGCCAGCACUCCUGCUGUAGGACCUGUUUGCCUGUCUGUCUGUUUGUCCGCCUGUCUUCAGUCAGAGCUAAACCAACCCACAGCGGGCAACUCACAACACUCCACAACACACCAGUCCACUGCCAUAAGCCGCCCAGCAGCACAGCGUGCCAGCCUGUGCCCUCCCAGAUUGAAAACACUUGACUGCUGUUAAAACAAUACAAGUGAGAAGGAAGAGGCAGCCAACUAGUGCUCUCAGGCUGAAAUGGGUUGCAGAUGUGGGAGGGGAGGAGGAGGAGGAGAAUAAAGGAGAGGGAGAGGUUAAAGGGCAGCUUGGAGAGGUGUUAGGACCUCUCUGCUGUGAGAUAGUGGAUAUCUUAUUAAACACUGGCUCCAUGUCUAUAUAUUCUAGGUUCUGUUGGGCUGAAUAGAAAGAAAGUAUAACUGUGCACCUCACUAGUUGUGUCAGACAUACUGUAUUCUAUAAACUGCCUUCUUGUUCAUACAGUAUAGGCUGCUACUACCCUUGGGGGUUGGUCCAAUCUCUGCUUUGUAUUUGAACACAAGGCCACACCUACGUUCCCAGGGAUAACUAGGUACCAUAAUGAGUGAUGAAUGGGAUAUGUGAAAAGGAUACUGACAUGCCAAUACUGAUCCAAGACUCUUUCUGAUCACCACUGCCCAGUUACCAUGUCUGGCAGCCCGUCUCCCAGUUACCGUGUCUGACUGCCCGUCUCCCAGUUACCGUGUCUGACUGCCCGUCUCCCAGUUACCCUGUCUGACAGACCGUCUCCCAGUUACCGUGUCUGGCAGCCCGUCUCCCAGUUACCCUGUCUGACAGACCGUCUCCCAGUUACCGUGUCUGGCAGACCGUCUCCGUGUUACCCUGUCUGAUCCCCAGUUACCGUGUCUGACAGCCCGUCUCCCAGUUACCCUGUCUGACAGCCCGUCUCCCAGUUACCCUGUCUGACAGCCCGUCUCCCAGUUACCGUGUCUGACAGACCGUCUCCCAGUUACCGUGUCUGACAGCCCGUCUCCCAGUUACCCUGUCUGACAGCCCGUCUCCCAGUUACCGUGUCUGACAGACCGUCUCCCAGUUACCGUGUCUGACAGCCCGUCUCCCAGUUACCGUGUCUGACAGCCGUCUCCCAGUUACCGUGUCUGCAGCCGUCUCCCAGUUACCCUGUCUGACGCCCGUCUCCCGUUACCGUGUCUGGCAGACCGUCUCCGUGUUACCCUGUCUGAUCCCCAGUUACCAUGUCUGACAGCCCGUCUCCCAGUUACCCUGUCUGACAGCCCGUCUCCCAGUUACCGUGUCUGACAGACCGUCUCCCAGUUACCGUGUCUGACAGACCGUCUCCCAGUUACCAUGUCUGACAGCCCGUCUCCCAGUUACCGUGUCUGACAGACCGUCUCCCAGUUACCGUGUCUGACAGCCCGUCUCCCAGUUACCGUGUCUGACAGACCGUCUCCCAGUUACCGUGUCUGACAGACCGUCUCCCAGUUACCCUGUCUGACAGCCCGUCUCCCAGUUACCGUGUCUGACAGCCGUCUCCCAGUUACCGUGUCUGACUGCCCGUCUCCCAGUUACCGUGUCUGACAGCCCGUCUCCCAGUUACCCGUGUCUGACUGCCCGUCUCCCAGUUACCGUGUCUGACUGCCCGUCUCCCAGUUACCGUGUCUGACAGCCCGUCUCCCAGUUACCGUGUCUGACUGCCCGUCUCCCAGUUACCGUGUCUGACAGCCCGUCUCCCAGUUACCGUGUCUGACAGCCCGUCUCCCAGUUACCGUGUCUGACAGACCGUCUCCCAGUUACCGUGUCUGACAGACCGUCUCCCAGUUACCCUGUCUGACAGCCCGUCUCCCAGUUACCGUGUCUGACAGCCCGUCUCCCAGUUACCGUGUCUGACUGCCCGUCUCCCAGUUACCGUGUCUGACAGCCCGUCUCCCAGUUACCGUGUCUGACUGCCCGUCUCCCAGUUACCGUGUCUGACUGCCCGUCUCCCAGUUACCGUGUCUGACAGCCCGUCUCCCAGUUACCGUGUCUGACUGCCCGUCUCCCAGUUACCGUGUCUGACAGCCCGUCUCCCAGUUACCGUGUCUGACAGCCCGUCUCCCAGUUACCGUGUCUGGCAGACCGUCUCCGUGUUACCCUGUCUGAUCCCCAGUUACCAUGUCUGACAGCCCGUCUCCCAGUUACCCUGUCUGACAGCCCGUCUCCCAGUUACCGUGUCUGACAGACCGUCUCCCAGUUACCGUGUCUGACAGACCGUCUCCCAGUUACCAUGUCUGACAGCCCGUCUCCCAGUUACCGUGUCUGACAGACCGUCUCCCAGUUACCGUGUCUGACAGCCCGUCUCCCAGUUACCCUGUCUGACAGCCCGUCUCCCAGUUACCGUGUCUGACUGCCCGUCUCCCAGUUACCGUGUCUGACAGCCCGUCUCCCAGUUACCGUGUCUGACUGCCCGUCUCCCAAUUACCGUGUCUGACAGCCCGUCUCCCAGUUACCCUGUCUGACAGCCCGUCUCCCAGUUACCGUGUCUGACAGACCGUCUCCCAGUUACCGUGUCUGACAGCCCGUCUCCCAGUUACCGUGUCUGACAGCCCGUCUCCCAGUUACCGUGUCUGACAGACCGUCUCCCAGUUACCGUGUCUGACAGCCCGUCUCCCAGUUACCGUGUCUGACAGCCCGUCUCCCAGUUACCGUGUCUGACAGCCCGUCUCCCAGUUACCCUGUCUGACAGCCCGUCUCCCAGUUACCGUGUCUGGCAGACCGUCUCCGUGUUACCCUGUCUGAUCCCCAGUUACCAUGUCUGACAGCCCGUCUCCCAGUUACCCUGUCUGACAGCCCGUCUCCCAGUUACCGUGUCUGACAGACCGUCUCCCAGUUACCGUGUCUGACAGACCGUCUCCCAGUUACCAUGUCUGACAGCCCGUCUCCCAGUUACCGUGUCUGACAGACCGUCUCCCAGUUACCGUGUCUGACAGCCCGUCUCCCAGUUACCGUGUCUGACAGACCGUCUCCCAGUUACCGUGUCUGACAGACCGUCUCCCAGUUACCCUGUCUGACAGCCCGUCUCCCAGUUACCGUGUCUGACAGCCCGUCUCCCAGUUACCGUGUCUGACUGCCCGUCUCCCAGUUACCGUGUCUGACAGCCCGUCUCCCAGUUACCGUGUCUGACUGCCCGUCUCCCAGUUACCGUGUCUGACUGCCCGUCUCCCAGUUACCGUGUCUGACAGCCCGUCUCCCAGUUACCGUGUCUGACUGCCCGUCUCCCAGUUACCGUGUCUGACAGCCCGUCUCCCAGUUACCGUGUCUGACAGCCCGUCUCCCAGUUACCAUGUCUGGCAGACCGUCUCCGUGUUACCCUGUCUGAUCCCCAGUUACCAUGUCUGACAGCCCGUCUCCCAGUUACCCUGUCUGACAGCCCGUCUCCCAGUUACCGUGUCUGACAGACCGUCUCCCAGUUACCGUGUCUGACAGACCGUCUCCCAGUUACCAUGUCUGACAGCCCGUCUCCCAGUUACCGUGUCUGACAGACCGUCUCCCAGUUACCGUGUCUGACAGCCCGUCUCCCAGUUACCCUGUCUGACAGCCCGUCUCCCAGUUACCGUGUCUGACUGCCCGUCUCCCAGUUACCGUGUCUGACAGCCCGUCUCCCAGUUACCGUGUCUGACUGCCCGUCUCCCAGUUACCGUGUCUGACAGCCCGUCUCCCAGUUACCGUGUCUGACUGCCCGUCUCCCAGUUACCGUGUCUGACAGCCCGUCUCCCAGUUACCAUGUCUGACAGCCCGUCUCCCAGUUACCGUGUCUGACAGACCGUCUCCCAGUUACCGUGUCUGACAGCCCGUCUCCCAGUUACCGUGUCUGACUGCCCGUCUCCCAGUUACCGUGUCUGACUGCCCGUCUCCCAGUUACCGUGUCUGACUGCCCGUCUCCCAGUUACCGUGUCUGACAGCCCGUCUCCCAGUUACCGUGUCUGACUGCCCGUCUCCCAGUUACCGUGUCUGACAGCCCGUCUCCCAGUUACCGUGUCUGACUGCCCGUCUCCCAGUUACCGUGUCUGACAGCCCGUCUCCCAGUUACCCUGUCUGGCAGACCGUCUCCUUGUUACCCUGUCUGAUCCCCAGUUACCGUGUCUGACAGACCGUCUCCCAGUUACCGUGUCUGACAGCCCGUCUCCCAGUUACCGUGUCUGGCAGACCGUCUCUGUGUUACCCUGUCUGAUGCCCAGUUACUCUGUCUGACAGCCCGUCUCGCUGUUACCCUGUCUGACUGGAAUGCUCCAGGAGAAACCAACUAGACUUUUCCACCAAGAGUCACUAAUAACUUUGCAUUGUAUUUACCUGCACUCUUUACAUGGCCAUGGUUUGAGUUUCUGGGUUGUAUGUUGUUGUUCUUAUGUGUUUCUGCUUAACGGUUGCACAGUUCUGAGCCUAAUGAAGACCACCUGAGCCGACAGCACAUUUUAUAGGAGAGAGAUACAAAAACACAAAUGUUAAACUUUACAAGCCAGUACUGCCUGCGUUUCACAGGGACCUCAUUUGAUAGUACAUUACACUACACUACUGUAUACUACAUUACAGUACACUACAGUACACUAGAGUACAGUACAGUGCAGUACACUACAGUACACUGUAGUGUAGUGUAUGAAAAUGUAUGCACUCACUAACUGUAAGUCGCUCUGGAUAAGAGCGUCUGCUAAAUGACUAAAAUGUAAAUAUUUACAGUACACUAGAGUACAGUACAGUACAGUGCAGUACACUACAGUACACUACAGUACACUACAAUAUAGUAUCCUUCUAGUUCACAUAGGUUGUAUUGUAAAAUGCAUAUAUUCAGUAGAGGCAAAUGAAUAGAUGAUCUGAAGUUCACUAACACAUGCCAUCAGCCAUGACUGACUCUAUCCAAGCCUCUCUAAAUCAAGAUCCACAUUUACCAAUGCUCUAUUAUACGAUAUGAUCUCUGUCAUCAAGGCUCUCUCUGUACCCUCAGCCUGUCCUGUCCCCUGGUGUAUGAGUCAGCUCCACUGUCCCCCUGAUCCUAGACUAGAGUUCCCAUAAGUCAGGAGGAGACGGCGCGGGCUGUUCUGGGCGCCCAGUUCUAGCCCCUUCUAACCAGGACCAGACUCUCAGGAACCUCUGGGCUAUGACCUCAUAGUGUGUUGCGGUUUCCACACAUCGCUGCCGCUCCAAACGGAUCCGCUCCACUGGCCGACACACAGACGGAGGGAUGGAGGGAUAGAUGGAUGGAUGGAGGGAUGGAUGGACCAUGUGAUGAGUUAGCACUCCGGUCCCCACUAGCCAGCCAGCCAGCCAGCCAGCCAGGGACAGCCACAUUAGUUAAACAAGACUACAGCAACAACUGAGCUGUCUAUUGAUAAUGUUUUCCAGAACGAUGCUGAGAGACUUUCCACUGUAGAGUCACUCUGAGUGCCUAAAUAGAGUCAUGCUGACCUGUAUGUUUGUGUGUGUAUGUUUGUGUGUGUGUGUGUCUGUGUGUGUGUGUGUGUGUGUCUGUUGUCUGUCUGUCUGUCUGUCUGUCUGUCUGUCUGUCUGUCUGUCUGUCUGUCUGUCUGUCUGUCUGUCUGUCUGUCUGUCUGUCUGUCUGUCUGUGUCUGUGUCUGUGUCUGUGUCUGUGUCUGUGUCUGUGUCUGUGUGUGUGUGUGUUGUUAUCUCCCCUGGCCACUAGGUGGAGCAGCAGUCUCAGUACAUCCAGGGUUAUAAGGUGAUGUACAGGGCCUCUCCAGAGGGGCAGCAGAGGAGUGACUGGGCUGUGUUUGAGGUGAGAACCCCAGGGGAGGACAGUACUGUGGUGCCCCAGCUCAGGAAAGGAGUCACCUACGAGUUCAAAGUUCGCCCCUUCUUCAACGAGUUCCAGGGAACAGACAGUGAGGUCAAGAUAGCCAAGACUCUGGAGGAAGGUGGGUGGACAUAUCUGUGUGUGUGUGUGUGUGUGUGUGUGUGUGUGUGUGUGUGUGUGUGUGUGUGUGUGUGUGUGUGUGUGUGUUUGUGUGUGUGCGAGCGCACAGAGUUUAUCUGUGACCUUUGCAACUAUGCAUGCGUGUGAGAACAACAGCUGUUCCCAGCGGGUGUAGAGAGUAAAGGAUCAUAUUAUGUGCUGUGGUGUUUUCUGCGUGUUAGGGCAGAUGUUGUACUGUUUGAAAAAGUCCUGUGAAACCCAGAGGAUGAUAAACCCAAAUACUACGUACACAUAAGUGCUGUGCUAAUUGUUCAUAGACUGUGAUUGUGUGGUUGCGGAAAUCUUUCGGGGUUUGGAAGUAACACCCAGAGCUCAUAUAUGCCAUAUGAAAGAGAGGAGCAUCAUCAAAAGUUAUGAAUGAAUGAAUGAAUGAGGGAGGGAGGAGCUGACUGAAAAAAAGACAGUUUGCCAAAAUAUGUUUGUGGGUGUGUGUUUUCAUUUCUCCCACGAUGCUUUGUUGCUAAUUUUGUUGCUAAUUGUUUUCAGAGUUCAAACACGAUGCCUUCACUCCCGUGAGCAGAAAUGCAUGAUUUCAUUACUGUGAAUCAGAACGAGAUUAAGAGUGUUAUGUUGUAUGUUGUCAUAAUUAAUUCACUUUAGUUAUACUCAUCAGGGUAGAAUCAUCACAGAACACACACAAGCGUAAACAUUGCAAUUAUAAUUCUCUCUUUGUUUGAAUAAGCAGGGAUUUUCUUUUUAUUUCCUCAAGCACUUUCUUUGAACAAAGAAAGAUAGUCCUUUUAGUACAGCCACCUAGUGAAUAGAUACAGUCUGUGACUUCUGGAUAGGAUCCAUUCAUUAGAGCAGUAGAAGUGAGGAGAGAGCAGACAGUGUGUGACUUCUGGAUAGGAUCCAUUCAUUAGAGCAGUAGAAGUGAGGAGAGAGCAGACAGUGUGUGUGUUGCUGUUGAUGGGUGUAUUAUAUUAACAUGUGUUGUUGUGUUUGUCUGUCUGUCUGUCUGUCUGUCCCCAGCUCCCAGUGCAGCCCCUCGUGGGGUUACCAUCACAGAGAGUGGGGACAAUGGGACCGCCAUCGUGGUCUCUUGGCAACCGCCUCCAGAGGAGGAGCAGAACGGGUUAGUCCAGGAGUACAAGGUGAGAACACUGGCAGGGACUCCCAAACUCUCCUUACAUACUCUGAGCGUGGUCAAAGGUAGUGUACUAAGGUAGUCUACUGUAACACCAUGUAGAUAUUUACUCUGGUCUGUAGGGUACAUCUACUGUAACACCAUGUAGAUAUUUACUCUGGUCUGUAGGGUACAUCUACUGUAACACCAUGUAGAUAUUCGUAGCACAGCGUGAGACAAAGGACAGACAGACUGUAAUGUUAUGAGACAUGGGUAGAGGUUUUCAACUUCCUCUGUGCCUAGUGAUCUCAGGGGUGGAGGAGACAGUAGGAUGUUACUGUGUGAUGGUGGGUGGAAAUGGUUGUGAAACAGUGUCAUCUGGUGGACUAGAUAGAUGUACAGUCGUGGUCAAAAGUUUUGAGAAUGACACAAAUAUAAAUUUUCACAGUCUGCUGCCUCAGUUUUUAUGAUGGCAAUUUGCAUAUACUCCAGAAUGUUAUGAAGAGUGAUCAGAUGAAUUGCAAAGUCCCUCUUUGGCAUGAAAAUGAAGUUAAUCCCCCAAAAACAUUUCCACUGCAUUUCAGCCCUGCCACAAAAGCUGACAUCAUGUCAGUGAUUCUCUCGUUAACACAGGUGAGAGUGUUGACGAGGACAAGGCUGGAGAUCACUCUGUCAUGCUGAUUGAGUUAGAAUAACAGACUGGAAGCGUUAAAGGGAGGGUGGUGCUUGAAAUCAUUGUUCUUCCUCUGUUAACCAUGGUUAUCUGCAAGGAAACACGUGCCGUUAUCAUUGCUUUGCACAAAACGGGCUUCACAGGCAAGGAUAUUGCUGCUAGUAAGAUUGCGCCUAAAUCAACCAUUUAUCGGAUCAUCAAGAACUUCAAGGAGAGAGGUUCAAUUGUUGUGAAGAAGGCUUCAGGGCGCCCAAGAAAGUCCAGCAAGCGCCAGGACCAUCUCCUAAAGAUGAUUCAGCUACGGGAUCGGGGCACCACCAGUGCAGAGCUUGCUCAGGAAUGGCAGCAGGCAGGUGUGAGUGCAUCUGCACGCACAGUGAGGCAAAGACUUUUGGAGGAUGGCCUGGUGUCAAGAAAGGCAGCGAGGAAGCCACUUCUCUCCAGGAAAAACAUCAGGGACAGACUGAUAUUCUGCAAAAGGUACAGGGAUUGGACUGCUGAGGACUGGGGUAAAGUCAUUUUCUCUGGUGAAUCCCCUUUCCGUAUGUUUGGGGCAUCCGGAAAAAAGCUUGUCCGGAGAAGACAAGGUGAGCGCUACCAUCAGUCCUGUGUCAUGCCAACAGUAAAGCAUCCUGAGACCAUUCAUGUGUGGGGUUGCUUCUCAGCCAAGGGAGUGGGCUCAUUCACAAUUUUGCCUAAGAACACAGCCAUGAAUAAAGAAUGGUACCAACACAUCCUCCGAGAGUAACUUCUCCCAACCAUCCAAGAACAGUUUGGUGACGAACAAUGCCUUUUCCAGCAUGAUGGAGCACCUUGCCAUAAGGCAAAAGUGAUAACUAAGUGGCUCGGGGAACAAAACAUCGACAUUUUGGGUCCAUGACCAGGAAACUCCCCAGACCUUAAUCCGAUUGAGAACUUGUGGUCAAUCCUCAAGAGGCGGGUGGACAAACAAAAACCCACAAAUUCUGACAAACUCCAAGCAUUGAUUAUGCAAGAAUGGGCUUCCAUCAGUCAGGAUGUGGCCCAGAAGUUAAUUGACAGCAUGCCAGGGCGGAUUGCAAAGGUCUUGAAAAAGAAGGGUCAACACUGCAAAUAUUGACUCUUUGCAUGAACUUAAUGUAAUUGUAAAUAAAAGCCUUUGACACUUAUGGAAUGCUUGUAAUUAUACUUCAGUAUACUUCAUAGUAACAGCUGACAAAAAUAUCUAAUCUUGUGUCAUUCUCAAAACUUUUGACCAUGACUGUACACAAUGUCUGAGUGGUCCUCAGAGGCUCUCUCUAUUCCUUAGUGCAGGGGUAUUCAAAUCUUACCCUACGAGGUCCAGAGCCUGCUGGUUUUCUGUUCUGCCUGAUAAAUAAUUGCACCUAUCUGGUUUCCCAGGUCUAAAUCUGUCCCUGAUUAGAGGGGAAGAAUGGGGAGUUGAAAAGCAGUAGAAUUGCCCACUGGGCACAGACGUCAUUUCAAUGUCUAUUCCACAUUGAUUCAACGUAAUUUCAUUGAAAUGACGUGGAAACAACAUUGAUUCAACCAGUGUGUGCCCAGUGGGUGGCUUCGAGGUCCAGAUUUGAAUUUGAGGGCCUUAGUGGAUUAUUCAGUAGUAGUCUACUCAAGUUCUAGACUACCUGAUGUAUUAUCUAUACAGCCAUACAUUAUAGCCAUACAUUAUAGCCACACAUUAUAUCAGCCAAACAUCAUAGCACCCUUACAGUAUAGCCAUAAAUUAUAGCCAUACAUUAUAGCCAUACAUUAUAGCCAUACAUUAUAUAUGAAUCCUGCUGAUUAACGAUUAGAGGACUGCAGGCUUAAAAUCUAGAUAAUGAUCUCUUUCUACAAUGUCAGAUAUGGACAUUUUUCUGAGCACCUAUUGGCUCUUGGCCAUUGGCCCACAAACUACUCUUAUGAGCCUCUUAAAUCAUUAGAAGGGAUUUCUUUGAUUUACUGGAAAGAGCGUUAUGAAUGGGAAAGACAACAUCAGAGUGAGAUUAUAGCAGGGAAAAUAGAUAUGUAAGAUAUUUUUUGGGACGACUGCUCUUGUUGCAGUGCUUAAUCCAUUCCAUCUCUUUGGUCCAGGUCAGCCUAAUUUUGUAGUUACAUUUUAGUCAUUUAGUAGACGUUCUUAUCCAGAGUGACUUACGGUAGGGAGUGCAUAUAUUUUCAUACCGGUCCCCCGUGGGAAUCGUACCCAAGCGCCAUGCUCUACCAAUUGAGCCACAGCACUCCUCUCUCUGCCUUCCUCUCCGUGUCCACUCAUAAGUAUGCUGUUUGUGUAGCCCCCACUCUGCGGCCAGCACACUCCUCAUAUAAUAUGCUGUGUGAGAACUGCCAUUUUAAUUUUCUUGUCACAGGGAAUGUAGGUUAGUGUUAGAGGGGGAGACACAGCAUAGUCCAUUUAAAAGUUAAGCCACUAUUAAUUUUCCAGGUAAAUGUUUUCUGGCGAUAGGGUUUAGAGUAAUUUCAUGGUUGUUAAAUCCGAGCGUUCCUCGGUCAUUACUGGGUCUCGUCCCUAGCGGCGCUUCUUCCCACCGUGAUUCCUCAAACAGCCACACAGGCUUCUGGAGCUUUCCAACACUACGGCGCACACACACACAUACACACACACACACGCACACACACACACACACACACACACGCACACACACACGCACACACACACACACACACACACACACACACACACCGCAAAACCAGGUCCGUGUGUGAGGGUUGUUAAUUUAUGGGAGGUGGUGGGGGUAAAGAAAGCAGAGGCGGCCAGGUUCAGGAUGUUGGGGUUAGCCAGGUUCAGGACAUUGGGGUUAGCAGGCCUCAUGCUGAGGUGAAUGUAUGACGCUCUGUAUAACCCUGGAUUGAGUUAGCCUGAGAGAGCCCUGGAUUGAGUUAGCCUGAGAGAGCCCUGGAUUGAGUUAGCCUGAGAGAGCCCUCUCUCCUCCCUGUGAGUGACUGACAGCCCUGAGCUGCUACUGCUGGGUUAUGGAGGUGAUUACUAAUCCACACUUUGUUUUUCAUGGGGUUAGGGUUCACUCACUCAGACAGGGGGGACAUGUUAUGGCUACCGCAGCUAAUACUGACUCUGUGUCUAACACAAAAAAAAACAGAAAAACGUGCCCCAGUGUUUUUAUAUGUGGAAUACCUGGGUGGAAUAAUUAAAUAUGCACUGUGUGCUGAAGUGUUACAUUAGCAUCAACCAGCAACUUGCCAUACUUGUCACACCACCAUCAGAACACUGUUAUAAUGUCUUCUCUCUCUCUCUGCCCUGUCAGAUCUGGUGUUUGGGUAAUGAGAGCAGGUACCAUAUCAACCGUACGGUGGACGGCUCUACCUUCUCCUUGCUGAUCCCCAGCCUGGCUCCAGGGAUCCGUUACAGUGUGGAGGUCGCAGCCAGCACUGGGGCAGGCCCAGGGGUCAAGUCUGAUGUCACCUUCUUCCAGAUAGGUGAGUGGAGGAGAACUUUGGCCUGCAUUUCUCAGCACCCAGCAGGAGGUCCAAAUAAGAUUAUUCUACCUCCGAUGGAAGAGGAGGAAGAAGAGGGAUAGGUCCUUCUACUAUGUGUCCUCACUUGUUAACUCCAUACAGCAUGGAUUCCAAGGCUUACUGCCUAAUAACUUCCCCACCUUCUUUAACCGCAACGGCUGGAAAAUAUUCAAUGGACAUUUUGUAGUAUUGACUUCUUUUUAAUCUCAGUCUGAAGAGCACACUAAUCCACGUUUACAGUUGUCAUAUUAAUAUUAAAGGAGUAUUAUGUAAUCGUUGUAGAAUGUUGCAAAUAACUCAAUUCCUUCGUGCCCCUACCUGCUAUCGUGUUCAUGGUCUAUAACAGUGGUCUUAAUGCUGUAUUUAUCUAUCUUAAUGCUGUCUUUACCACUCUGUCGGUGUACAGCCUCAAUGGUUUUCACGUGACUGACAUUGUGAUAAAACGUUACAUGUAAUUCCUGCUUGGCAGCAGUGCAGUGCCUGUAGCUUCGCUGCCCCACCCUGUUCUGCCCUGCUCUGCCCUGCCCUGCUCUGCCCUGCCCUGCUCUGCCCUGCUCUGCCCUGCUCUGUUCUGCCCGCCCCACCCUGCUCUGCUCUGCUCUGUUCUGCUCUGCCCUGUUCUGCUCUGCUCUGCCCUGUUCUGCUCUGCCCUGCUCUGCCCUGCUCUGCUCUGCUCUGUUCUGUUCCACCCUGCAACAGUUAAUAGGAUGAAGAAUAGAAUAGCUGAUCUUGUAUUAGUGGUUAAGGGUCAUUGUGUGAUUCCUACUCCUACUCCCUCCAUGUAUGGACUCUCAUCUGAGCUCUCAAUAGCAGCUCUCAGUUUGAAUUCACUUAUCCUUAGAAACUCCAGUUACUCUAUCAUAUCCCCUCAGCAAUCCCUCCAUCCCUUCAGGAAUCCCUCCCUCUCCUCAGGAAUCCCUCGAUCCCCUCAGCAAUCCCUCCUCUCACAUGAAAGUCUUGCAUCAUACUGUGCCAUUUGACUUGAGGUGAGGUCUACUGUCUGAAAAUGAUCCCUAGUACUUUGAGAAAGUUAAAAGCCCUUGAACAUCUGCAGCUGAAAAAUGUAGCUGUAUAGAUGUAUUUUUAUUCUGUUUUAUAUUUCACUCUCUCUGAUCCUGCGAGGGCGUUUUUGUGUAUGUAGUUCUUCUAUUGAAGUGCAUCUUCCGGUCCCACCAGUUUCUGUUAGCAAUUCCCAUCUGAAUAUGUCUGGAAAGACAGAACAACUUGCUACGACAAGAAUAAAUCAAGGAGAAACUAACAGUUCUCAAGCUUGAAGUAUACUUUUAUAAUAGUUUUCACUGAAAGCCUAUGAUGCAAAUGACUGUGAGAGUUUGAAACAUUGUGUCAUACUGUUGCAAGAGAAUCCUUACCAUACCAUUGUGCUUUUCACUCUAUAUCCAUGAGUUUAGUACUCAGUAUCAGAUGCUGGUUGCUCUCUAUGAGUGGACACUGCUUACCUAACCUGCAGUGGGUUUACCUGAUCCGAUGUGACAGGGUUCAGUACAUGCCCAACCUCUGCCCACAAUAGUUUAAGGAGAUGAAGGAGUUAAUAGGCUCUCAUUCCUGUGCUACCUGGUUUAAUAUGUGGCUGGCUGCAGGCGAUGCAGCUGCUGCCUGCCUGACUUCCUUCCCCGUACCCUGUAUGAAUGUGGGUUUAUAGUAAACAUAAUGGAGUUUGGUAUCUCUAUAGACUUACAUAACUUACAGCAGAGGCGUAGAUCUGCUCUGCUUCAUUCUGUUCUCCAGUCAAGGAGGCAAUGGUCUAGUGCUUAACAAGAGCAAUAAACCAUGAACUCUAGCACAACUGUGUGUUUUGAGAGGGCAUGUUUUUAUUAACUUACCUGUCAAGAUCACGAUACCUGAGCGGCUGUAAGAUCCAAUGUAGCAAGUUCCUUUUCUGACAAAUCCCCUCUCUCCACAUGUCAUGUGGAGUGUCAAGACCAGCAAUAGUUCACAUGUAGUCUAUGUAUGUACAGUAUAAUACUGUUGAUAUCUGGCACGUCAGUCAGUCAUGCCUUUACUUCCUUACACAGGAUGCAUUAUAGCUACCUGGGAUGAAUCUAAUUCAGUCUUCCCUCUUAUAGCCCAGGCUAUUUAAGAUCCUCCGUCAGAAUACUCCCCAGAUCUGAGCUGUCACAAAUCUGCUCAUGGUAAAGGGGGAAUAAAUUAUAACAACAUGAAACAGCGGUGCUGGGUGCUUGGUAGAGGGACAGCUGUGUGUCUGUGUGUGUUAAAGUGGGAUGGGAUGGGCAUGGAGAAGCAGGAAGCUGUGACUGAUACAAUUUCUCUCACUUGAGGACUUCCAGCGGCGCCUGUUGCCAUGUUCCAACGCUGGAGUGGAAAAACACCCCUGCGGGACCAGCGCUUCACCCUAAUGCAUUUGUCACACUGUGGGCUUGUUUGUGUCAUGGCAUAGCAGUCCAGAUACCUGUAAAGUCCCUGAGGACUGUUUAGUCACAUUGGUACUCUGCUUCCCUCCUCACAGAAACAGGAAUGAAAUCCACAUAUAAGUGGGGGGGGGGGGGGGGGGGGGGGGGGGGAGGGAGGAGGAGGAGGGAGGGAGGAGGAGAGGGAGGGAGGAGGAGGGAGGGAGGGAGGGAGGGAGGAGAGAGAGAGAGAGAGAGAGAGAUAUGGGGUAGCAACACUGGAACUUUGGGAGACCUGCUUGCCUCUGACUGAGUGAGUCUGUAAAGAUUAAAGUGGUUGCAACAUGAAACAAGAGAGAGAGAAAAAUAGAGAUGAAGAAAGUUAGAAAGGCAGUUGAACAUGAAGAAAUUGCUUAGGGGGGACAAAUGAGUACUCUUUCAUGUGAGGCAUGGGAGAGAAACGCAGAGAGACUAGACAGAUGAAUAAAACAGGCCUUUGUUGUGUGAUCACUAGUUCUGACGGUUGAUUUUGAAUAGUAGAACUGUAGCAACAGCUAACAGAAAUACAUACCCAAGUUACACAUUAAAGUGCUACAGUGUGCUAAUGACUAGUACUAUGUUUGUAUUAGUACUACUGUGACCUAAUUCGAUGUAAUAAUAACUAAUAGAAUGAUGCUCAGUGUGUGAUCAUACUUCUUUAAGUCUUCCUGGGUGUGUGCAACAUUCCUGUAGUGUGCUUCCUGGUUCAACUCUUAUACGAAUAGAUUAUGUUUAAAUCUCCUGGAUUUAGACCUUUUGUCUAUCCACCUGCCAUUGUUGACUAGGAUCAGUUCUGGGAUCAGUUCUGAAAGCCUUUUAUAAUAGAGAGAGAGCCCUCCCAUCUCUACAGCUCCACAGCCCAGGACCAGCCUUACGCUCACCUGCAGAGAUGAAAGAAGUAUUUUGUGUGUCAGAAGAAAAGAGUACGUUCAUAUUGAUGCCCUUUCCUGACUUCAUUUACCUCUUUCUACCCCCUGCUUCAAAAUCAUUCCCCGUUUCAGGCUUUUCCACUCGUUUUGAAGUUUUAUUUUUAGAAUAAUAUUUCCCUUUCUUCUCUUCUCUUCUCCUCUCUCUCCUCUCUCUCUCUCUCUCUCUCUCUCUCCUUCCUCUCCCUCUCCCUCCUCUCUCUCCUCUCUCUCUCUGGUCUCUGUCUCUCUGUCUCUCUCUCUGUCUCUCUCUCACUCUCUCUCUCAUCGUCUUGUCUCUCUGUCUCAUCUCCCUGUCUCUCUCCUACUCUCUCUCACUCUCCUCUCGCUCUCUCUCUCCUCUUCUCUCUGUCUUCUCUCUCUCUCCUCUCUCGCUCCUUCCCUUUACUACUACUUUCCCAUGUCCUCCCCUCCUUUCUCCUCCCUUGUUCUUUCCUGUGUACUUUCCACCUCUUCUGACACUCGACCUGCUCUGGCCCUCUGACGUUCCUGACCGUCUCCUUUCAUCACUCCUAAUCCCUUCUUUACGUCUGUCCCCUCUCUGACUUUAUCUCCCCAUUCCAUCACUCUCCCUUUCCUCUUCAUCACCCCCUCCUCACCUUCUCACCCUUCUCCUCUCAUCUCCCCACCCUGUACCCCUCUCCUCUCAUAUCCUCACCCUGUACUCUUCUCUUCUCUUCUCUUCUCUUCUCUUCUCUUCUCUUCUCUUCUCUUCUCUUCUCUUCUCUUCUCUUCUCUUCUCUUCUCUUCUCUUCUCUUCUCUUCUCUUCUCUUCUCUUCUCCUCUCCUCACCCUUCUCUCCCCCUCUUUUUGCUCUUACCCUUUCCUAUUCCUGCCCACUCUCUCCUCUCACCUCCUCAUCCUCCACCCCUCUUUCACCCCUCUCCCAUCCUAUCCUCUCUCCCCCUCUCCUCUCUCCCCCCUGUAGACUCAUCGGGGCGUAUGACGGAGGGUGUGGUGGACUCAGAGAACACUCUGUCCCAGCAGAUCAGUGACGUGGUGAAGCAGCCGGCCUUCAUAGCGGGGAUAGGAGCAGCCUGUUGGAUCAUCCUCAUGGUGUUCAGUAUCUGGCUCUACCGACAGCGCAAGAAGAGGAGUGGCCUCAGCACUAACUACGCAGGCAUCCGCAAGGGUCAGUACAACAAGCCUCACUUAAUGUCAGCACACUGGAUUCACAAGCUCGAGGUGUCCUCAAGCACUGAUCUAGGAUCAGGUUCCAAACCCUAAAUGUAACAGUUAAUAGAAUAGCUGAUCUUGUAUUAGUGGUUAAGGGUCAUUGUGUGAUUCCUACUCCUACUCCCUCCAUGUAUGGACUCUCAUCUGAGCUCUCAAUAGCAGCUCCAGUUAUUCUAUCAUAUCCCCUCAGCAAUCCCUCCAUCCCUUCAGGAAUCCCUCCAUCCCUUCAGGAAUCCCUCCAUCCCCUCAGCAAUCCCUCCUCUCACAUGAACGUCUUGCAUCAUACUGUGCCAUUUGACUUGAGGUGAGGUCUACUGUCUGAAAAUGGUCCCUAGUACUUUGAGAAAGUUAAAAGCCCUUGAACAUCUGCAGCUGAAAAAUGUAGCUGUCUCCUGCAUAGAUGUAUUUUUAUUCUGUUUUAUAUUUCACUCUCUCUGAUCCUGCGAGGGUGUUUAUGUGUAUGUAGUUCUUCUAUUGAAGUGCAUCUUCCGGUCCUACCAGUUUCUGUUAGCAAUUCCCAUCUGAAUAUGUCUGGAAAGACAGAACAACUUGCUACGACAAGAAUAAAUCAAGGAGAAACUAACAUUUCUCAAGCUUGAAGUAUACUUUUAUAAUAGUUUUCACUGAAAGCCUAUGAUGCAAAUGACUGUGAGAGUUUGAAACAUUGUGUCAUACUGUUGCAAGAGAAUCCUUACCAUACCAUUGUGCUUUUCACUCUAUAUCCAUGAGUUUAGUACUCAGUAUCAGACGCUGGUUGCUCUCUAGGAGUGGACACUGCUUACCUAACCUGCAGUGGGUUUACCUGAUCCGAUGUGACAGGGUUCAGUACAUGCCCAACCUCUGCCCACAAUAGUUUAAGGAGAUGAAGGAGUUAAUAGGCUCUCAUUCCUGUGCUACCUGGUUUAAUAUGUGGCUGGCUGCAGGCGAUGCAGCUGCUGCCUGCCUGACUUCCUUCCCCGUACCCUGUAUGAAUGUGGGUUUAUAGUAAACAUAAUGGAGUUUGGUAUCUCUAUAGACUUACAUAACUUACAGCAGAGGCCUUGAUUUGUGUAAGGACUAAGGUCUCUGGGUAUAUUUUGGAUGUUGACUGCAUCGUGUGCUAGUGUGAUUAAGUUCUACUCUGUGUUGCUAUGGUGAGACAGAUGCUGAGGUCACAGGGUUGGUCAUCUUCACGGAAAAGGAUUGUGUGGUAUGUUAAAAAUAAAGCAAUGCCCACAUGCUAUGCCCACAUACAAGGCUUUUAAUACAAGAAAAGCCGGGCCUCGAGGGACUCUAGUUUGAGCCAAUGAGCAGUCAUUUUGACUGCAACAUUCUAACAGUGUAAUAAAUAUAUUUAAUAUACACUACCGGUCGAAAGUUUUAGAACACCUACUCAUUCAAGGGUUUUUCUUUAUUUGUACUAUUUUCUACAUUGUAGAAUAAUAGUGAAGACAUCAAAACUAUGAAAAAACACAUAUGAAAUCAUGUAGUAACCAAAAAAGUGUUAAAUAAAUCAAAAUGUAUUUUAUAUUUGAGAUUCUGCAAAUAGCCAACCUUUGCCUUGAUGACAGCUUUGCACACUCUUGGCAUUCUCUCAACCAGCUUCAACCAGCUUCAUGAGGUAGUCACCUGGAAUGCAUUUCAAUUAACAGGUGUGCCUUCUUAAAAGUUAAUUUGUGGUAAAAGACCCAGUCCAUAUUAUGGCAAGAACAGCUCAAAUAAGCAAAGAGAAACGACAUGAUGGUCAGUCAAUACGGAACAUUUCAAGAACUUUGAAAGUUUCAUCAAGUGCAGUUUGCAAAAAACCAUCAAGCGCUAUGAUGAAACUGGCUCUCAUGAGGACUGCCACAGGAAUGGAAGACCCAGAGUUACCUCUGCUGCAGAGGAUAAGUUCAUUAGAGUUACCAGCCCCAGAAAUUGCAGCCCAAAUAAAUGCUUCACAGAGUUCAAGUAACAGACACAUCUCAACAUCAAAUGUUCAAAGGAGACUGUGUGAAUCAAGCAUUCAUGGUUGAAUUGCUGCAAAGAAACCACUACUUAAGGACACCAAUAAUAAGAAGAGAAUUGCUUGGGCCAAGAAACACGAGCAAUGGACAUUAGACCGGUGGAAAUUUGUGUCUCCAAAUUUGAGAUUUUUGGUUCCAACCGCUGUGUCAUUGUGAGACGUAGAGUAGGUGAACGGAUGAUCUCCGCAUGUGUGGUUCCCACCGUAAAGCAUGGAGCAGGAGGUGUGAUGGUGUGGGGGUGCUUUGCUGGUGACACUGUCAGUGAUGUAUUUAGAAUUCAAGGCACACUUAACCAGCAUGGCUACCACAGCAUUCUGCAGCGAUAUGCCAUCCCAUCUGGUUUGGGCUUAGUGGGACUAUCAUUUGUUUUUCAACAGGACAAUGACCAAACACACCUCCACGCUGUGUAAGGGCUAUUUGACCAAGAAGGAGAAUGAUGGAGUGCUGCAUUAGAUGACCUGGCCUCCACAAUCCCCCGACCUCAACCCAAUUGAGAUGGUUUGGGAUGAGUCGGACGGCAGAGUGAAGGAAAAGCAGCCAACAAGUGCUCAGCAUAUGUGGGAACUCCUUCAAGACUGUUGGAAAAGCAUUCCAGAUGAAGCUUGUUGAGAGAAUACCAAGAGUGUGCAAAGCUGUCAUCAAGGCAAAGGCUGGCUAUUUGAAGAAUCUCAAAUAUAAAAUAUAUUUUGAUUUGUUUAACACUUUUUUGGUUACUACAUGAUUCCAUAUGUGUUAUUUGAUAGUUUUGAUGUCUUCACUAUUAUUCUACAAUGUAGAAAAUAGUAAAAAUAAAGAAAAACCCUUGAAUGAGUAGGUGUUCUAAAACUGUUGACCGGUAGUGUAUGCUAUCGCAAAAAUAAUCCUUCGGUUGUUGGAAUUAGAAUAUAUAUAUUUUUUUAUUUUUUUCAAAGAACACAAUAGCAUUUUCAUUAGUUUAUGUUACUGUAGACUAUCUGCUGCCGGGUGCUCAGGUGUAAAGUCACUGAAAUCAAAGGGCAAUCCGAGCUGAACACAGUAGGACAUCUGAAGACCCUUGUGAGUAUAUUAAUCUGCUGUGCCCGGAGGCUGGAGAGAGAGGGGCUACUGUAGAGGCUGAGGUUGGCGCCAUACACCUUUAAGGAACCCUUUCCUUUUCUUCCAGAGGAGCCGAGCAGUGCGUCAGUGUUUCCUCACAUGAACUCUAACUCUCUGAGCUGAUGUGGGCACAGCAAGCAAAUAUCUCUCUCUCUCUCUCAACCCCCUCUUUCUGCUGUCUAAAACCACAAGAGGCCAUGGUCUUUGUUGGAACUGGUAACCAAGAAUGUUUUGAGAGGAGAAGAAUAAUUGCAACCACAUGAAGCAACAAGCUGCACUCAGGGUGAAGUGGGUUGAAUUGGAGUUGUGGAGAAUUGGAAGAGGAGAUAUAGGAGCGUGUGUGUGGGUGUGUGUGUAAGAGUGUGUGUGUGUGUGUGUGUGGUGCGUGCAUGUGUUUGUGUGUGCGUGCGUGCGUCUUUUGUGUGCACGUGCGUGUGCGCCUGUGUUUGUUCUUGUGUGUGUGUGGGUCUGUGUGACAUUAGUAUCACGGCCAAUAUAUCUCAUCCAGCCAGUGAAUAAGCUGUCAGUGACAGUCUCAUGUCACUGUGGUAAUUUGAUUGAUUUAUUUCAAUCACGUUAAUAUUUCUCACGAGCACCUCGCAUGCCAAAUGUCAAUCCUCUUCAAAGCCAAAUCGCAGCCAAAUAAAACCUUCCAAAUCUAUUCAGCUGCUCUGAGCUUCAAGGGGAGCAGAGCAGGAAUCCACACAAGAGGAGAUAAUUGUGGCAUUAAAGGGACAUUUGAAAGGUUGUGUUUACACAAAUAAAAGGAGAUGCAGAAGUGAGGACAGCUGUGCCUCAGUGAUAGCUACUGUGCCUUCAGAAUGUUUUUAUACUGCUUGACCUAUUCCACAUUUUGUUAUGUUACAGCCUGAAUUCAAAAUGGAUAAAACAUUUCUCACCCAUCUACAACACAGUAGUAGAUUUAAGUCAAAACUUGGCCACUCAGGAACAUUCACUGUCUUCUUGGUAAGCAACUCCAUUGUAUAUUUGACCUUGUGUUUUAGGUUAUUGUCCUGCUGAAAGGUGAAUUCAUCUCCCAGUGUCUGGUGGAAAGCAGACUGAACCAGGUUUUCCUCUAGGAUUUUGCCUGUGCUUAGCUCCAUUCCAUUUCUUUUUUAAAGUCACCAUUGGCCUCAUGGUGAAAUCCCUAAUCGGUUUCCUUCCUCUCUGGCAACUGAGUUAGGAAGGAUGCCUGUAUCUUUGUAGUGACUGGUGUAUUGAUACGCCAUCAAAAGUGUAAUUAAUAAAUUCACCAUGCUCAAAGGGAUAUUAAAUUAUUCUCAUGUGAAUUGAAAUUGACAAAAAAAAAACAAAAAAAAAACACGUACUUAAUGAAUGACAUUUUAAUAAUAAUAAUAAUUCAACUUAGUAUGUUUCUCAAAAUGUUAAUAUAUUUUAUAAGGGGAUAAACAAAGAUAGAGAAAAUUGAGUGAUUGAACUAAUUAGAAGUCUGGUUUUAAUCUCCUUGCAAUCUCUUAUCUUGCCACAGUGGGUCUGUUUUUAGAGGAUUGUGGGUAAUUCACCAAUUGUAGAUUCUAUGAUUAUUUUACACAAUGUUGUAUGCAUGUUUGAAGAAAGAAAGGUCUUCUAUAUUAGUAAUAAGCACCUUGUUGUGGCAUGAGGUGUAAUGGUUCAUGAUGAACGGAUAUCAAAACUGUCGGGCAAAAUUACGUUCAAUGAUGAGACAACCCAUUCCCACAAAUUCUUAAUGGUAGAGGCAAAUACAGUAUGCUGCGAUGUGUGUUGUAAAACUGCCAGUUACUGCUGGUGGAUUGAGCACUGUGCUCAACAAUGCCUGCCAAAAUUUACAUUUUAGUCAUUUAGCAGACGCUCUUAUCCAGAGUGACUUACAGUUAGUGAGUGCAUACAUUUUUCAUACUGGCGUCGCAAACGCCAUGCUCUACCAACUGAGCUACACGGGGCCACCAUGUAGAUGGGUUAAAUUGGCCAAUGAUCAGAUACAUAAAUAAAUUAAAAUACUCCAGAUAGAAGUUAACUAAUUCUGCACUAGUCAGGAUUUGAAACAUCAUAAUGGUGUUAGAAGCUUUAGAGAGAGGAAAUGGCACCAAAAGAGAAGGUAACUAAUUCUGCACUAAACACAACUUGAAUCACCAAAAUAGUGUUUUCAAUCUUUUCCGGUAGUGCUCCUUGUCCCUGGCAAGGUGUUGCACAAGCAGUGUUGCAACACAGCAUGUAAUGUUUCAGAACAUCUCAGGAUGAUGUGUUUCAAUACUCCAGCAAAGUUAAGGUUUCGUCUCCUUUGCGUUCGUUUUGAUGUUACAAAGCACAGUGAAGAGACCCCCUGUUGUGUAGCUCAUUGGAUUCAAGAGAAAUAUACGUGUUGCUAUUUUAUGUUAUAUUAAUGGUGUUUUUCUCUCUCUUUCCCCGUGUUCCUCUGCUUGGACCUACAGUGCCAUCCUUUACCUUCACUCCUACAGGUAAGAACUCUUGAUAACACUUGACUCAAUUUCAUAGGCACCUUCUCUAUAAAAUCUCAUAACAGUCCGCCUUUCAAUGCAAGACUGCACUCACUGAGUCACACAGUGAUGGUCUGAACAGCCCUAGCAGUCAUGCUGCUCAGUCAGUCAGAAGAAAACACUCUUUGGUUAAAAAUACAAAGCCACCAGAAAGGGAGCAGUGUGGUGUGAGGUUUAAGGAACUAUCACAGAGAUGUUUUACCAACUGGUGUUGGCAGUGCGUUAAGAGGUAAACACUUAAAGAGGAGCGAGCCGUGCCAUCCGUGCUACUAAGAGACUGACGGGGACUUGAUCAAAGGGCUGAUGCUGCCCGCCUCUCUGCCUCUGGUGGGAUUUAGGAGGAUGACACAUCGCCAGUCACAUGGACCAAUUAGACAGAGCUGUGGACAGGGAGAGAGGAGCGACUGAGGGUAGAUAUGAACUGGACUGACACGGACAUAACAGAGCACUGUCUUUCUCUCUCUCUCUCUCUCUCUCUCUCUCUCUCUCUCUCUCUCUCUCCCUCUCUCUCUCCCCCCCCCUCUCUCUCUGUGUGUUUAUCUCUCUCUCUUUCUGUCUAUCUCUGUCUCUUCUCACUCGCUCACUCAUUCUCUCUCUCUCUUCUCACUCUCUUUCUCUUCCUCCCCUCUCUCUCUCUUGCCGAGAUGCGUGUGUUGUUGGCACAUGUGUCACACACCUGUGCUCAUCCUUGUAAAUCAGAGAGAGAGCAAAAGAGAGGGAGAGAGAGAAGAAGAGAGUGAGCGGGGGAGUUAUGUGAGGCUUGUGGUGACUAAUCCCAUGUGUGCAGAGCAGAGGCUGUAUCUAAAAUGUGAGAGUUGUUUUCCUCCUCCUCGUCAGCCUCGGGGCCUGGGAUCACGUCUAAUACUUUUAUUGUUUCAAUCCUGUUUUCAUGAACUGCUGAACACUUUCAGGUGAAACCUAUUUAGUCAGCUGGUUAUUUUUGGGCCAGUUCCUUAAUGCUUGAGGUUAGAGUUUCUGCUUGUUGAAGUUUACAAUCCUAGAAGCUGCCUUGAAACUGAAUAUAAAGGCAGGAUGUUGUCAGUGCUAAUCUUCCACUAGAUGCUGAUUUGAGAGGCACUACAUGGUUUUCGUUGUGGAAUUCCUGAAUGCUCUAUCUACAGAUGUCAAAGGUAGAGAGAGAGAGAGAGAGAGAGAUACGCGCGAGAGAGAGCGAGAGAAGAGAGCGAGAGAAGAGAGAAGAUAGAGAGAUUGAUAAAGAGGAGAGAGAGAGAGAGAGAGAGAGAGAGAGAGAGAGAGGAGAGAGAGAGAGAGAGAGAGAGAGAGAGAGAGAACCCUCCCACCCCUUCCUCAGAGAAGAGAUUGUAAUUAAAGUUGGCGUUUAUCUCUCCUUCACACCGGCAGCUUAAAGCUCCUUGAAAGAGUCCAACUUCCAGCGUGGUGCUUCAAACACACGCCAGCCAUGCCAGGAGACCAAAGCACUGUGCAGCCCCCUAAGCCUCUUACAUACACACACAUACACACACACACACAUACCCUGUUAUUGUGUUUUGAUAAGCCUGUUACUCUGAUGACGAUUGUGAUUAUGGUGUUCAUAUCUGUUCCUUUCUCUGUCUCUCUGUACUCAGUGGCGUACCAGAGAGGUGGAGAGGCUGUCAGCAGUGCAGGAAGGUAAGAAUGCAUGUCUACUAUGAGAGGAAGUGUUGUCUACAUGUAUAUUUGUCUCUUCUGUAUGAAUAUGAAACAUAAAAUAUGAAUCAUAGUAUCAUAUUCCAAGAGACAGAUGGACAUUUUGUUUGGGGAGGAAAGGGUACAUGGGUGGUAGAAUGUGCAUGUGAAGGGAAGGUGUACCUUCCUCUGAAGGACACUAGGGGGAGGGCUUUUACUUCCUAAAGCUUACAGCCCAGGCAGAGGUGGAGAGGGGAGGAGAGGGGAGGGGAGGAAAGAGGAGAGGAGGGGAGGAGAGCAGAGGGGAGGGGAGGAGAGCGGAGGGGAGGAGAGCGGAGGGGAGCGGAGGGGAGAGGAGAGGAGAGGAGAGGAGAGGAGAGGAGAGGAGAGGAGAGGAGAGGAGAGGAGAGGAGAGGAGAGGAGAGGAGAGGAGAGGAGAGGAGAGGAGAGGAGCAGAAAGUACUUUGAUACCAGAAGGAACAAAGGAUCAUCUCAUCUGCCCAAACCCCCAUCCUCCUCAUCCGACAGAGAAGAGCACCAUGUCUGGCCACAAGGCUGUGCCAUAGCAUCACUCUAA